AUGCGACCGAUGAAGAAGGCCAAAGCAUCACAUAUCCACGAGUAUUUGUCCUUAUUGAACGAGGACAUUAAGCAUGCAGCCUAUCAAUAUGUUUCAAAGGACCGCGAACAGUUUGACGAGAGGAUUGCUCUACCAGCAUCACAAAUCGGCAUGACGACCUGGACAUCGAUGGAAAAAGAGCGGUUCUUCGAGUCCCUCGGCCGUCUUGGUCGAGACGAUGCAGCUGGGAUUGCUCAGAGAAUCCGGAGUAAGGGCGAGAUGGAGGUCAGACAGUACAUGAAGCUCCUCCAAGAUGGUCUCGCCGCCCGGCGGCAGCAAAAUGAGCUUGAUCCCCUAGAGCUAGCAGACUUCCCUGCCGCUCUCGAGUUAAGCCAAGGAUGCUGUGAGGCCCUGGAAGAGCUAGCAGAUAAGAUCGCUAAGCGACAAGGAAACUCGGAGGAUGCAUCUGAGGAGCGUGAGCAUGGCCAAGGGUGGCUCAUCUAUCAAGGGAGCCACUUCGACACUGCAGACAAGGAGGCGGAGACGGACAUUCCCAAGUUGACAAGGGUUCUCAGAGUCUCUGAGUGGCUUGCAUUGUCAGAGCGCUUCUUCAUGAACGCGCCCACAGAGGAGGGAAACUGGCAAUCUGUGAACGGGGGUCUCCCCUCUCUCCGACGAACGGCCCUGGAAGAUUAUUUUUCACUUGCUCUUAUGCUGACCAAACGGUUGGUAUCGGCGACACUCUACAUGGCAGCUUCCCGCAUACGAUCGGAGCGUGGAUACAGGCCAGAAACCCGAGAUUUUGUAAAGAAGAAAGACGUCCAGGCCGCGGCCCUGUCACUAGGCCUCGCCAUGCAGAAGCCACCCCUGACAAGAUGUGUGAGGCGGCUGGGGCUAUCUGUCUACGAGGACCCGCCGCGGCCGGAUGAGGAUGACGGCGAGAGGGAGCCUAUUUCCCACGAUAUUGUCGAAGAUGACCUUGGAGUUGGGGAGCAGCAGGGCAUUGGCCGGAUUCGACACUACAUGGAGAGCAUAGCCCUCUCUUCAGGCGAGAGCUCGAUAUCCUCCGAUUCACCGGCGGCAGGAAGCAGCUCAGAGGAGGACGAGCACCCGGACGACAGCUCGCAGGAGCAGACAGACAGCGAGGAGAAAGAGGAAAUACGAUACGAAGCGGAAGAAGCCAUCCUCUACUCGGCCGUCGACUCAGUCCAACACAAGAGGGCCGGUCAAGCAUUGCUUCGGCGAAUCAAGGCAGAAAGGGCGGCGGAGAGAUAUGCAGAUUCCGUGGACGCCCAAGCCAGUUACCAAGAGGAGAAGCGGAUGUGGACAAUUCUUGGCAAGCAACCAUCGGAGAUGACGAUCGACCCUGGUCUCCCUCCCUCUGGACGGAGACAGAAGAUAUCGGUGGAUGCUGGAUAUUCCGUAGGUAAGGACUGGAGAGACAAGACAAAGAUCAUCAGCGAAUGGGAAGCUAGGUACGAAGGAUUAUGA